GGGGAACUAGAGUGAGGUAUUUUCAGCAGAGCAUGCCUUCAGCUAAUGUGACAUGAGCCUCAAACGGGUGCUGUGUCAACAGUGUCCGUGACCACAGAAGACCGCGGUGACCUGACGAAGCAUCCUGUUUCAGACAUGCGACUAAAAGGCCCCGCUUCACCUCACUUCACUUUUCACUUCGCCUAAAUACAACUCCUGCAGCCGGCUCCGCUCCGGCACUUGUGUUUGCCCUUUUGAAUUGAAAGUGGCUAACCUGGUGGCCUGUCAGUCUUCAGAUGCCCUGCAGAUGUCUCUGAUUGCAGCAGGAGCGCAGAGGAGCAGAGGGCGAUCACUCAGAGCCCUGACGUCGGCCGCUCAUGAUCUGCAGCCGGUCAAGACAACGGCAAAGUACCGUCAUCACUCAGGUGCUAAUGAUCCUGUGAUCCUGCACAAGCCACAGACCACAGACAGCUGAGGCCCACAGAACCAGGCGGGACAGCACCUGAUGCGUGGCUGGGGCCGGGCUCCGAGAGGAAAAGGCUCUUACAAACAUGGGUGUGCUCCAGCUCCACAAUCCUUCUCACUCCAGCACUUUGCUGCACCGAGCUAAUCAGAUGCGUCUCACUGGCACCUUGUGCGAUGUCAUCAUCACAGUGGAUGGCCAGGAGUUCCCAGCGCACCGCACGGUCCUGGCCUGCACCAGCAAGAUGUUUGAGAUCCUGUUCCAUCGCAGCAGUCUGCGAUACGCACUGGACUUCCUGUCCCCCAAGACCUUCCAGCAGAUCCUGGAAUACGCUUACACUGCCUCUCUGCAGGCCACCGCUGAGGACCUGGAUGAUCUGUUGUACGCUGCAGAGAUCCUAGAGAUAGAGUAUCUGGAGGAGCAGUGCCUCAAGGUGCUGGAGACCAUUCAGCAUGAGGAGAGCCAUGAUGUAGCCCUGAAAAACCACAGUUCCACAGACCACAGCGAGCCACGCACCCGCCACUGGAGACAAAUGCUAAUGUCAAAGAAGCAUUCCAUACAGGAUGGGCCUGUGCGCACCACCCCCUCUGUCCUGCACCAGCUAGCCCUGUACCACAUGUCCGACAGAAGUCCCACUCACAUGGAGCAAAACAACACACCACUGAGCCCGAAACAGCUCCAAGAGGGGGCGCCCAAGACUACCCACGAGUCGCCCUUAGAGCUGUCCCAGGUGACCUCUCUGGACCCUGACAGCAUUAAGUGUGAGAGCAUGCAGGUGGAUGAAUCUGAGGUGAGCCAAGGCCGGCCUUCCAGCCCAGACCAGGGGAGCGGUGUCUCAGAACAGCCUCAUGAUGAGGGGCCCGGGACCCCCCUGAGGAGCAGUGUCAUCACCAGUGCUCGAGAGUUGCACUCUAGUCCCGAGCAUGGAGGAGCUGCGGCCAAUGCUCUGGACUCUUUCCCUGGGAUAGCAGAGAAACAUAUGACCUCUGUUUACUCGAUGACUGGCAACCACACAGGGGAUGGGAUGAUCCCAGUGUCAAUGGCCCCACCCUUGGGUGUCUCACUGGACCCUAGGGCCUACGGUGGCCUGUUGCACCAGGGUCUGCUCCACCGAGAACUGCUGAACCGCCUGGGCCAGUUCGCGGUAGGAAUGAGGCAGGAGGGCCAGAGCCAGAGCCAGUGCUGUGGUGAAUGUGGGCUCCAGCUGCACAGCCGCCAGGCCAUGGAGCAGCACAGGAGGCUGCACUCUGAGGAGAAGGGCCACGGCUGUGAGUUCUGCGGUAAACACUUUCAGGACAGCAUGAGGCUCAGGAUGCACAUGUUGUCUCAUACAGCUCCUGCUGAAGCGCUAGUUUGUGAUCAGUGUGCGGCCACAUUCUCCUCUGAAGAUGCCCUGGAAGCCCACAGACAAACGCACACAGGGACUGACAUGGCGGUGUUCUGUCUGCUGUGUGCAAAGCGCUUCCAGACUCAGAAGGCCCUGCAGCAGCACAUGGAGGUCCACACUGGCAUGCACAGCUACAUCUGCAGCCACUGCGAGCGCCCGUUCCCCAGCCACACCACACUCAAAAGACACUUGCGCUCACACACAGGAGACCACCCCUUUGAGUGUGAGUUCUGUGGGAGCUGCUUCAGAGAUGAUGGCACACUGAGGGGCCACAAGCGCAUCCACACUGGAGAGAAGCCUUAUGAGUGCAAUGGCUGCGGCAAGAGGUUCAGCCUCAAACACCAGCUGGAGACACACUACCGCGUGCACACAGGGGAGAAGCCAUUUGAGUGUAAGUUGUGUCAUCAGCGCUCAAGAGACUAUUCAGCGAUGAUCAAGCACCUGCGCACUCACAAUGGAGCAUCUCCAUACCAGUGCACCAUCUGCCAGGACUUCUGCCCCAGCCUGGCCGCCAUGCAGAAGCACAUGAAGGGCCACAACCCCGAGGAGGUGCCCCCCGACUGGAGGAUAGAGAAGACCUACCUGUACGUCUGUUAUGUCUAAGCAGGACUUGGACUGAUCACACUGACACAAUCACACUCCCUGUUCAAUGAUUUUUAAGGAAGUUUUUAGAACUGAAAAACAGGGAAUUAUAGUUUACAAGAGAAUAACAUUGUUUUGAUUGACAAUGUUUAUUGUGGUAACCUGUAUAUGUAGGUGGAUUUUUUUUUUUUUUAUCUGACUGGGUCAGGUAUAAAGAACUUGGGCUAAACAAACCAUGAUAGUAGGUUACAACGGAAACAGCUGAAGCUGAAGUUUUGUCUGUUUAAAACGUAAAGGAAAUUAAGUGUUAAAUUUAAGACAUUUCUUCAAAAUAAGCAAAAACUCUGUGAUAAUCAUGUGAUAGAUAUUGCUGUUUGUUGUUGUGUUACUAUAGUCCUGGUUCACACAGGACUGAACCUACAAUCCAUCUGUACUAUUAGAGAAAAUAACCAUGGCUGCCACUGCCUGUGUGUAGCAGGAGAGCUUGUCACUUUCAGGAUUGUGCAUCAUCUACAGGUCACAUUUAUUCCAUGAAAGCUUCUUUGAGUUAACAUUUUCUCCAGUUCUGUUUUUCUGCUUUGGUUUUAUUUUUGGAGUUGUUCAUUUUGUGCAUGUUUUACUUGAAUGGCUGCCAUGUUUUGACCUCAUAAGCUUGAAAUAUUUAACUGCCUUGUCUAUCUUGCAGUGGGUGUUCGUUCAAGCUCACACUUUUAAGUUUCUUGCAAUGUAGUUGGUUUGCUAUAUAUGUGUUUCUUACCAAAUAUGUGCUGGUGUGUAUCACAGGCAGCAUCUCAAGAUGAUUUAUAGUAGAGCAAGCUCUACCUCUGAUUUUAUUUUAAACCUACUGAAAUUAGUUUGUCAAAACAUUAAUUUUCUUACUACCACCAUUCAAAGUUUGAUGGUCAACAAUGUGUAAAAAUGCCUCAUGGCCUAAUGUGUAGUUUUUUAUUGUUACCUAUAUAGUACAUAUAGAUGUCUUACAAAAUCAAGAAUCAGAAUUUUCUAUGAAAAGUUAAGAAAAUGUGAAAAUGAGUUUUUUUCAAUAUGAAAAAAUCUGACAUUGUGUCAUGAGCAGGUAAUUGUUAAUUGUAGUGUAGCUGUACUGUACAACUUGUCACGUUAUUCCCUUAUGUGAGCCUUACCGGCCUUAUAGAGUUGAACUUGUUGUAUUUUUGUAUCACAGUAAUUUGCUAUUUGUUUACAUUUGGUAUGAUUUGAGAGACAUCUUACUGUGUGUUUUGUAAGUGUUGAUACGACCCCUCCCUCGUGCCUCUUUUAUAAGUAGAGCCUUGAUGUGCUGAGUACAUGGGUCUGUGCUAUUGGUAGAUGUUUCUGAGUGUUUGUUUAUUGUUACUUAAUUCAAAUAGACUGCCAUGUAGAUCCACUCGUCUGAACAUUGCAACUGGAAGCAACAAACUGUGAUAGUGGCUGAUACUCUGAUGCAAGUUACAAGCAAUUUCAAUGUAAAAAGUCCACACUUGUCUCAAAUAUGUAGUUAUUUUAAAGUGACAAUAGACUGAGAUCUUAAAAUGAAACCAGUGAGUAAAACAAACCUUGGCGUCUGUGGGCAUCCUCAUGCCUUUUAAGUAGCCAACAACACUCAGUGCCAUGAAAAUACACAUUCACUGUAUCCACAUGAACAUGCACUAAUGGAAAUCCAAUGGACCAAAAGAAACAGAGCACUUUGUGUGAAAAGGGGUUUUCUUUGAUCUCUCUAUGUUGUGAUAAUGCAGAUGUCCUUUUAUUUGAUGUGUUCUACAAGGAUGUGACUAGCAUUGUUUAGAUUUUGUCAAUGUCUGUCUACCUCAGGGCCAGAUCAAAGCUCGACCUGGUGUCCAAUCAGGGUUGUUCUUCUUGCCAUGUGUGCAGUAAACUCUCUCUUCAUUACAGCUUUGUAACACAGUGUGUGAAAGUGUUAUCCUCUGUGUGGAUUCAGGCACAACUCUGUAUGCAUCAGUGUUCAGUGGCAUGGUUCAAAAAAGAAUAAAACUGUUUACCA